GUGUGCACAUAGAAAUUCCUCUCGUCUAGUUUGAUAGUUCAAUACGACGUCGAGGGGAUGAUCUUUGUUUCUAGAUGUGGUGAAUGUGGAGAAAGGUCCGGCGAGCUAAACUCUAAAGCUUCACGUCGUCGAUGAGAUCAAGGCUUCGCCAUGAUACUUUUCGAGUUUCUGCACCUGCUAUGAUCUGGGAUUGGAUACUCAGUUUCCCGAACCCAGUCUAGAUGGCUUUCUCUGCCACUACAAUUUUCUUUUUCGACCGAAUUGUCUGAAUAUACAUAUGGGCUCACAAGACACCAACAUAGUCAUGCUUCACGAACUCCAGCCACAGUGCUAAACGUCGUCAUCGUCAUUUACACUCUUUCUGACAUUAUAAUAAGCUACCGUUGGUAUGAAAAGGGUUCAAUGGUAUACUGAUAGAGAAUAAUCUCCAAAGCAGACAACAGUUUCACAUCCACUUCAUAUUUGCAGCAAUGACUACUAUCUCGGACGCGAUCGCAAGGCAGAAGAAGGAGAACGUUCUUUUCUCACCCGAAAUCAAAACAGUCGAGACUGAAGCUACUGCCAACACACUUACCAUAGAACUUGUCAAUCAAAGUUCCUCGAACACCGUCUACGCAUACAUCACCGGCCUUGCCAUCAACAACAACAAUUCCGUGGUGCUCCUGCAAGCUGAUGGAUUGACCUUGUACUACCCUAAAAACCCAUCAUCUAAUGGAUCUGCCUUGACAGAAGACUGUGCCAUUCCACUUGGAGAACCAGGGUCGACAACAAAAGUCACGAUUCCAAAUAUCGCAGGCGGUCGGAUUUGGUUCUGCAUCGAAAGUACUUUGACAUUUCUGCUCGAUGUUGGGAUUACAGGUCCUGCAUUGGUUGAGCCCUCCGUCAACAAUACCGCUGAUCCAAACUACUUGAAAAAUUGGGAUUUUUGUGAGUUUACAUACAAUAGCUCUGAGCUAUUUGCAAACAUUACCUACGUCGAUUUUGUGUGCCUGCCUAUCGCUUUGACACUCAACACUACAGACGGUGCAGCGAAAAAAGUUGGAGGUUUACCCUCAGAUGGAUUAGCAACAGUCUGCAAGGGUCUAGUAGCACAAGAUGCGAUCGACGGCGCGGGCUGGAGUCAGCUCAUUGUGAAGAACGACGGUGCGAAUCUGAGAGCCCUUAACCCAACGGCAGGCAUUGUGUUCAAUCCGGUACUCUUCGAGGAUUAUUGGACCAGCUACAUCAAUGAUGUGUGGGAUAAAUAUGCUAGCACUUCCCUGACUGUCAAUACUCAAGCAUCGUGGGGAGAUGUUUCCGGAUCAACAUCCGACCUCACUUCCUUCACCUUUGAUAACGUUGGCUCCUUUACCAAGCCGUCAUCUGCAGAUAUUUUUGGCGGUGCGACAGGAGCUUUUGCAGCGCAGCCUACCAACACUGACCAACUCUUAAACAUUGGCGCAAGACUCGAUGCCGCAUUCAAUCGAUCGACUCUUCUUGUCAAUUCUUCGCAACCAGAUAAGGAAGUGGUGUCCACAUAUUACAAAAAUGCAAUCACGAAUCACUAUGCGAGAAUUGUCCAUGCUGCAAAUGUUGAUGGCCUCGGUUACUGCUUUCCGUAUGAUGAUGUGACACCUGAUGGAGGUAUCAAUCAAUGCGGUGCAGUAAAUGAUUCAACGCCCGCUUCUUUAACUGUGACGGUGGGCGGCAAUGUCGCAAAUACAGAAGAGCCGGCUGCAUAAAGGCGAAAUUAACAGUUCUACCUUCUACGUCGUCCUCGAGGAAUCUAUCAAUUCCUACCCUUUAUUCUUUAUGCUGGAGGUUCUGUUCUUUGUCAAUACGGUUCAUACUUCCUCGAUCUCAUUUCUGUCGCUGUCAUUCGAGAGUAGCCUUUAUCUGUUGGCUUGUUGUAUUCGCUAUUUCUUAUUCGAAUUUGAGAUUCUUAUGUUACUAAGAGGAGAGGGGGGCAGAAGAGGCGGAUUAUGAAGAAGAUUGGAAGCGAGGCUAUCUUCAUAAUUGUAUGGAGCGUGUGUACAAUCGUUAUUCCUGGAUUGGCUUUUAAUUAGUUGCUUAUCUACUUUCUUGUACAUAUUACUCCUGAGCCGUAUAUUACCAACGGUCGCUAUCGUCAUUGUAUGGUAAGAGAGAGAUAAGAAAUUGAACAUUUUCAUUUUAAUUACGAGGUUAUCA